GAAUUUACCACAGCUGGACUACAUUUAAGCUGUAGAAACAUCAACAAGGAUGAUCAGUAGAAACAAUAUGCACCUCAGCUCAAUUUGGAUCUUCAUGGCAAACUGUCUCUGAAUGCUGCAGCAGUGCAUAUAAAGGCAGUAAAGAUGGAGUCCAGUGAGGAGGGCGGCGUCAGUGUCCGAGGCUGUGUCGGAGAGGAGAAUUACUUCAUUGGAUACACCUUCACUGACCGCUCUCAUUCCAGCCGCGUAGUGAAGAGCAUCAUGGACCUGUGCCUAGAGGACGGCCUGUUUGCAGAUGUUACCAUCAACGUGGACGACAAGCAGUUUCACCUGCACCGGCUGGUUCUGUCAGCGCAGAGCAGUUUCUUCCGCUCCAUGUUCACCUCCAACCUCAAAGAGUCCCACAACCGCUCAAUCGAGCUUAAGGAUGUAAGCGCCUCUGUCUUCCAGCUGCUGAUCGACUACAUCUACCACGGCACCAUUAAACUGCGGGUGGAGGAGCUGCAGGACACUUAUGAGAUGGCGGACAUGUACCAGCUGACGGCUCUGUUUGAGGAAUGCUCCCGCUUCCUCUCGCGGACGGUGGAGGUCAAGAACUGCUUACAGGUGAUGUGGCUUGCAGACAGACACAGUGACCAGGAGUUGUAUACUGCAGCCAAGCAGUGUGCUAAAAUCCACCUCGCUCAACUCUAUCAGACAGAAGAAUAUCUCAGUCUGCCUCUCUGUCUGCUGCUGGAUAUCAUCAAGGAUGGAGUUCCCAGCUCCCAGAAUCCAUUGAUGGCCAUCGAGUCGUGGAUAAACCAUAACAAGGUUGAGAGAGAGGAGUUCUCCUGCCUCCUCCAGGAGAAUCUGAAGGAAAUCGGGGAGAACGUCCACAUUUAUCUGAUUGGUAAAGAGGAGACCAGGACUCACUCUCUUGCUGUGUCGCUGCAUUGUGACGAGGACGAUGCGAUCAGUGUGAGCGGCCAGAACAGUCUGUGCCAUCAGAUCACCGCCGCCUGUAAACACGGCGGGGACUUGUACGUGGUAGGGGGGUCCAUCCCCCGCCGUAUGUGGAAGUGCAAUAUGCACACCAUGGACUGGGAUCGCUGCGCACCAUUGCCCAGAGAUCGCCUUCACCACACCAUGGUGUCUGUGGCGUCUGAGGACACCAUCUACUCCCUGGGAGGCAAGACGCUGCAGGACACACUGUCGAACGCCAUCAUUUUCUACACAGUGAAGGACAACGUGUGGACAGAGACCAGCCAAUUGGACACCGCCGUGUCCGGAGCCGCUGGCGUCAACCUGGGAGGCACCAUCUACCUGCUCGGAGGGGAGGAAAAUGACAUGGACUUCUUCACUAAGCCGUCCCGUCUCAUUCAGUGCUUUGACACGUCCUCUCAGAAGUGCCAGAUCAAGCCCUACAUGCUGCCAUUCGCAGGCUGCAUGCAUGCCGCCGUCCACAUGGAUGUGAUCUUUAUUGUCGCAGAAGGAGACUCACUGGUGUGCUACAACCCUCUGCUGGAGAGUUUCACGCGCCUGCGCUUCCCCGAGGCCUGGAGCUGCAUCCCUUCGCUGUGGAAGGUGGCCAGCUGUAACGGCUGCAUAUACGUCUUCAGAGACAAAUGUAAGAAAGGUGACGCUAAUACGUUAAAGUUUAACCCGGCCACAUCUGUGGUCUCGGUUAUCAGAGGUAUAAAGAUCCUCCUGACGAACUGGCAGUUUGUACUGGCCUAAGCUGUCCUGUGGAUUUUCACCCUGUGGUCCUCAAUCAUCAAUGAAUCUAAGUAACAGACUUUGGUAAGACUUAGUGGCUUCAGAUCUGCUCAAAACCUAUCCAGUCAGCUGUGUCAGCCAUUCCAGCGUGGUGGAAACCAAAAUGUCAGCCGUGUCUGUGAGCUGCUUCUGUUCUGGUGUCCCAUCUCUUAGCCGAGGAGUGAAUUUGUGGUAACGCUUGUGACCCAGUGGUGAACAAAGCUGUUGUUUCCUGUGCACUGCUCGUAUAUUAACAUGCAUGAACUGCUUUAGUGUACUGGUCAGUAAAAACGCCUCACAGCGUUGUAAUCGUCAUGCUGCUGAAACCGGCUAAACAUUCACUGUGUCUGUAAACAUAAUAUCAGAGAAUGUUUUGUAUAUUUUCUUUCAACAAUUGUUUUAUGUACACAGUACUGGUUCAUGUUGAUGUAAUAUGAUAAAUGUUAAAACCUAUUGGUAAACAUUCGAAAUCUUCAGGUAAUGGUGGAUGUUGUUAAAAUCUGUCAAAAAGGACAUAACUUCAAAGAAAUUACAGUGCCUUGUAAAAUUAAUUAUACUUGUUGAACGAUAAA